UUAAAUCAACUGAAAGGAUUACACCUCUAUACAUUUAACUUACGAAGUACAUGCACACGUGUAACACGAAACACGUGUAGUUCUGUCUAGUGAGAUGUGAGAAGGUCCUGUUACAUAUACACGCAGUCUGGGGGCUUCUAGAAUAAUUAGACGACCGUUUCUAACAGACCGACUCCUAGAUCUACGAGGGAUGAUAAGUCCGUUCUACUCGACUGUCAGAUAGAGAUAGACACAUCGGAAAAACAUCAACCUCGGAAUGUUGUGUUGAUUACUGUUAGAAUGUAUUCCCCUUCUUCGGGCCCCUGAAACGAAAUGCAGAAAAGAAAGCUUAGCUUUACGAUCGGUUUACUCAUAUAGGACCAACUACGUCACGCACGGCCCGUAUAAGGGUACCCAUUUACUCAGAAAUUGAUGACGUAGUACACAUUACAAGUGCACUCGUUUGGAAACAUCGGAGAGGAAAUAUUCUGGAAAAGACAUAUGAGAAUAAGUGUAAAAGCUUCGAAGAAAAGAGAAUAGAUGAACCGCCAUUUUGGAAUUUUGUGAACGUGAUCGAGGGCGCUGCCGGGGAAAUUUCGAGAGUGAGAAAGAGUGAAUUAUCGUGCUUGGGGAACUGGCCAGUGUACGUGUUGGAUAUAUUUCACGAUGAGUGGAGGAGGAAAGGAGGAAAACUUGGAGGUGAUAUGUAACGUGUGUGACAAUUUUGAAUGUCAUGUGUUUAAGAAGAAUGUGUGUCGAAAUUGUUUCCAUAGUAAGGAGGAACAUGCUGCCAGUAAUGGCGACCAGGAAGUGUUACCAAGGAAACAGGACAUCAAUCAACCAUUCGACGACACCGGUAAGUCUAAAGACAUGAACUUAUUGGGAGAUAAGAACAAGCCAAAAAGUGGUACCGGGUUUAGUAAAUCAACACCAGACAUUUUAAAAAAAUCUACAGAAAAUUUGAAAGAUGAGUCUGAUGUUAAAGUAGAUUCCAAAAAUAAAGGAAAACCACCGGAGACACAUUCAAAAUCAAAACCUCCCGAGACAGCCCCCAAGUCUAAAGCACCAGGUAAAUUAGUGACAGGUGCGUUAAGCGUUAAGGAGAGAUUGGAACUAAAACAGAAAGGUAGUACAGGGGCGUCGUCAGAUUCUAACAAGAAACCUGCGCAGACAAAGGAGUCAGAGGUCAAAGGUAAUGUGUCAUCAUUGGUGACGUCACAGGGCUCAAAGAAGCAGACGACAGCAGAUAAUAAAAGCUCUCCUGUAGAAACAUCAGACUCCAAACCGGGAGAGAAGUCUGACGCUAACAAGAAACAAGGCCUGACGACAACUAAGGUUUUCACGAACUCCAAGCUAGCGGGGAGUUCCUUACUCUCGCAGGAUAAGGGGCUGUUGUCAAACUUAGGGAAAAAACAAUCAACAGAUAAAAAAGACAGUGGCUCGCUGUCACAGGUGAAAGAUAGUAGCUCAGGUGACAAGAAUACUUCAAAAAUAUCAACAAAAUCGGAAGAAAGUAGUAGCAAAAAAUCAUCAGUUACUACAUCGAAAGCAGACGACGGUAGUAAAGUUAAGCAUUUAACGUCAAAAUCUGAGGAAUUUAGCAGCAAGACCAAGCAAACUACAUCAAAAUUCGAGGAUAAAAGUAAGGUGACAACUUCGAAAACCGAGGAAAUCUCCAAUAAAUUCAAGCAACUCAGCAGCAAGUCGUUUACUGGCAAUAACAAAGAAGGACUAGCGGAUACUAAGUUUAAUAGCCUAGGUCGAAAGAAGGUGGGAGUUAAGGAGAAGUUACCUAGCGAUACGGGUACAGCAGCUGACGAUUGCAGCGCAGGUACUAUUAAGUCGCCGUCGUCAAAAGAACAGGGCAUUUCGCACCGGGCUGCGUUAGGUACAGGCAGCGCAGUAUCGACAUCCGAUAAAAACACAGCGCAACCGAUCCCCGGCGUAAACAAAUCGGCUACUGGUAGUUUGUCCUCACGCUUUGGAGGGAGUAAAUAUGGGGCAACUCCGGACAAUGCUUCUGGAGCCGUUCAAAAUGGAGCGGCGACGAAAGACAAAUUGGAGCAACUUUCAACAGAAAAAGCCAAAGUAAAUGAAGAAUUAGAUUUACUGAGGAAAAAAUUAAGCGACAUGGAGGGGAAAUGUCAAAGUCUCGAUGAAGAGAAUAAACAUCUGAGAGAGGGGAUGACGGAGAAAGACUUGGAAGGAAGCAAGGUUUUAAUGGAAAAACGGGAUGUAGAGAAUGCGAUUAAGGGACUUAAAAGUCAGUUAACAUCCAUGGAAGUACGAUGUGAGAAACUGGAAACGGAUAAUACCUCACUGCUGGAUAAACUGAAGGAACAACAUAUACAACAACAGCAACAUCAGAAAGAAAACAUUGAAAAUGAUGACGUCACAACUGAAAUUGCAGACAUGGAACAACAGGUUGACGCUUCGGAGGCUAUUGUUACGGAUCUUAAAGAUGAGAACGAUGACCUACGUCAAGAAAUUCAAGAUCUCAAAGUGGAAAUGGAUGAAAUGUAUGACAGUUUCCGUGAUCAAGAGGCUGAAGAAUUCCGAGACCUCCAACGUGAACUGGAAAUUACAGCCAAGAAUUGCCGUAUACUUCAAUUUAAAUUACGCAAGGCAGAACGUCAGAACGAGAGUGUUGAAGGCGAUCGGCUCCAGUAUGAGGAUAAACUAAGAAUGUUACAAAACCAGUUCAAGGACGAUGAUGCGCGUGCUCAUAUUCGAUCCAUUGAACAGGAAUUACAAAUGGCGAAGGAAGUGUCGGUUCGUUUACACGACGAACUUGACAUUAUGGAAGACAGAAGGUCAAAGGUCGAGGAGGAAAACUUGCAUCUCACUGACAUUCUCGAAAAAUCGGAUAAAAAGCAAUUUCGCCUGGAAAUGGAAAUAGACAAGCUGAAGGAUAAAAUCGUAGAUCUACAAAACCAGCUCGCCAACAGAACCGACAGGGAAUCCCCAGCUUCCGAAGAGGUCACAGACCGGAGAGUGAUAUUGGGCCGUAUGGGGAAGCAGAGUAGUCAGGAAUUAGAUAGCUCCCAGCUCAUGAAGGACCUGUAUGAUAGCAUGGAACGUGAAACAGACCUCAAAGACCAGUUACAACUCAUGGAGGAGGAAGCAAAGACCUCUAGGAGGAAACUAGAGGAACUCGAAGAAGAAAACGAAAAUCUAAGUAUUCAACUUAAAAAAAUGUCUGCUGCACAGGUUAUCAAAGGUAAAGAGGGGUUCCGAGAAACUACCGGUUUCCCUGCUUCAGAAGAGGAAGCGGAGUUGAAAAUUCAUCUUGAUUUGAAUAAUCAGGAAUUGAGUGUUCUGAAGAAAAAGUUUCAUGACUUGGAGGAGGAUAAUGAAAACUUGUUGAUGGAAUGUGGUAAGUUGUCGGAGGAACUUCGUCAGAAGGAAAUAUUACUGAAUGUUUUACCCGAACCGUCGUCUCCGAACUAUUAUUAUGAAGACAAAAUUAAAGAUAUGAAAAUAGAGGCAGAUGAACUGCGUUGGAAAAUUAUUGAAAAGGAGAGAGAAAUUGAGCGUUUGAACGCGCAGUGUGUGUUACAAACUCGACAAUCGAGAUUGAAAAUGAGUAGGUCCCUAGAAGGGGAACAUCAUCUAGGAAACGUGGAGCUAAAGAAACAGGUGGAGAAUAUCCAACUGGAAAAUAGCAUACUAAAGGAUAAAGUGAUUCGGUUAACAGGCGGAAGAAAGGACGAAGCGGAAGACCUGUUAUCUUCCCCGGUGUCCGAUCAGAAACAGUUGGCUACAACCUACCCUGGUGACGGCGAAAGUGUAAAGGAUGAUAAACUACGAGCUUUACAGCUCAGAAUAGAUCAACUUGAGAAACACAGACCUUUAUCGCCCCCGUCUGAUAACAUUGGUAAUAUUGGAUAUAAAAGUGCAAAAUCAAAAGUAUCACGUGAUGCGUCACGUGUUACGUCACGUGAUGCACCACGUGAUUUGCUACAACAGCAGAGGCCGAGUGUGUUAGAUUUACGCGAAGCUAGUGUUUACAAUGAUAACAGCGUCAGGUCUAGAUCUCCCGGUGGUGCCAGUAGAGUGUCUACAGGCAGUUCUCUCCCUCGAAUUGAUACACCUGUCCCUAGUCCAGCCUGUCUUCCCUCCAUCGCCAAACCUUCCUUUCCGGGUUUGCGGUCAGUAGACGUCCUCUCCCCCGGGGAAACGCGUGAGGAGUUAAUGGAUCAAAUACUUGACAUGGAGGAAGAAGUUGAGAAGCUGACGGGAUCAGUGAAGCUGAAAGACCAGGAGCUGACCAAACUAUACGGCGAGGUCAGAGGUCUCAAGGACACAAUACAAAACCUCAAGGACGAAUUCCGGAAAAAGGAGAUCGAACUGCUCCGUGAUUUAGACGUGAGCCACGAUAAAGCCGACAUACUAAGCAAUCUACUGGAUAUUGUCAAAGAGAGGGCUGACGAUGCUGAGGCAGAGCUCGAAAGACUAAUUGAGUCGCAAAGCUGCUCUGCAACAUCAAGUGAAAACAGCGCCCGGACCGUCAGUACCCUUAGCAACGUCAGUUCCGGAAGUGACGAAGUAUUCGACGGGUCCGGCUCGGUCCCUGGAUCUCCGGACACAGGUGGUCGCCACCUUAUACAUAAGAACUGGGAGAAACGAUACGAGAACCAGUUCAGAAAGCGGAUAAACUGUCUUGAGCGACUCCUGGCGGAAGAAAGAAAGAGGGUGGCGACAACUGAGAAGAAGUUGGCUCUCGUAUCCACAGAAACCCUAUCGUCCGCCAUGUCUGAUGACGCAAAGCUGCACGAGCGAGAGAAGGAACUCCUCCAAUCAGAGGUCCUGGACAGUACGAAGUUGCUAAAGAUUGCCAGUGACCAGAUUAAGGGUCUACGUGAGCGCGUGCUGACCCUAGAGGAUGAAAACAAGGUCUUGCAAUCCAGUCAAACUAUGGCUGAGACAGAAGACUCCGAUAUAGACCAAACCCCAUCCGGAAGUGUCGAUACCGUUAUAGAGCGACCAAUCGGAGGCGUCGGUACUGAAGGGGCCAAGGCCAAAACUCCCUCGCAAAGUGAGGAUGAGAUAAUCAUCCUUGGAAAUGAGGUUGAAGUAUACCAUUCCAAGGUGUUGGAACUAGAGGCUCACCUAGAAGAGGUGAAUGAAUAUUGGCAAAGUCAAAUUGUCAAUAGAGACAAAGAAAGAGAAUCAUUUAUGAAGGAAGCAAAAAAGAUGUCUGAGGACUGUGAUGCUUUGAAAGACACGAUUUCAAAGUUGAAAGAUGAGGACAUUCGGAAAGAAAAACUUCUGAAAGAUCUGGAAACAAUGGUCCAAGAUAAGGUCAGUGUUGUUUUUCGGAAGGAGGAAAUAUUACAGGAACGUGAGGAAAUUAUACGACAGCGAGAAGAAGAUAUGCAGUCCAUGCUUGAUCAAAUCUCGCAAAAGGAUGACGAACUCCGUGAACUUCGCGAGAAUUUGCGUUCGAGGGACGAAUGUUUACGCGAAAAGGAUGUUGUCUUGGAAUCAGUUAAUACAGAUGUGACGGACAAAGAACGUGAGAUUAAUUAUUUUAAUGAUGAAUUGACGGCAUUGCAGGGAACUUUAGACAAAAAGGAUCAAGAAAUUUCAAUUUUGGAAGAAAGAAUUACAGAGAUAGGUAGCGUUAAACAGUCAGAUUUAAAAACCGAAAAUAUUAGGCAGAAAGGUGAUCUCGAGAGUCUGGCUACCAACUUGGGUAAACUUCACGUGGAUAAUAGUACAUUGCAAUCAGAUUUAGAAAAGGCGAAGCAAGCAUUAAGUGAAGCUAUGGUAUUAUGGAAUAAAGAUAGGUCUAACUUAGAGGCAGAAUUAAAUAUAGUUCGUGAAAAGUUACACUUGUAUCAAAGUACUUUAGACAAAAACGAGCCACAGGUUGUAGCUACUUUAAGAAAAGAAGCGCAUAAAAUUCUAGAACAAAAAGAGAAAGUAUCGGGAGAUUAUAGAGUGCUUCGGGUCGAGAACGAUGCUAACAUACGAACAUUGAAAAACGAAAAGUACAAACUUCAGGAGGAGUUAACACAAAAAAUUAGGCAACUCACGGCAGAAAUGACAACAAACGACAAAAAUUCUCAGGAACUAGAUCGUCUAAGAGCGCAGGAGGACAUUGCCUACCAGAUACAACACCACGAAAAGUUACUAAGGGCUGAAUACCUGGCUAUGAAGGUUCGUUACGAGACCAGACUGGAAAACCUUCAGAAAGAACACAUGAAUCUUCUGUCCUUGCUAGACACAAUGCAAAGGGAGAAAACCCUGGACAAGGAGAUCAUUCGGGGUGUCCAAAAAGGCAUGAGCCAAAUGAAAGUAACUUAUGCCAAGGAUCUUGUAAAGUGGGAUGCGGAAAAAGACAUCCUCGCCAGACACAUCAAGGAGAUCGACGAGGGCCGAAAGCUGGCAAAAGAUAUGCAGGGCAAAAUCGAAGAGUUGAAAAAUCAGCUUGCUGACCAGGAGUAUGAGAGGGCAGAGCUGGUCAACCGGAUCACUACAGAACGAUCAGGGUGGGGUGUAGACAAAUCCAACAUGCAAAGCAAGAUUAAUCAGCUACAAGAGCAGCUAGCCAUGGUAUCCCAGGCCCAGAACAGAACCAAAAACAUGCAAAACCGCAUGGAGGUCGCGUGGGAACAAGAAAGGUCCGAACAGAAGCGACUCCUAGCGGAGGCUCAUUCACUUGCUCUCGACCUUCAGAGCCAAUUAAAGGCACGAGACGAAGAGUAUGUAAGGGAAAGGAAGAUGUUGAUUGAACAACUUCGACGCAUGCGUACUGAGAUCGAUGAAGAACAAUUGAGUCGGGAUUCUCGCCAGAAAGAGAUUGACGAGAGAGGAUUGCGAAUAUCGGAACUAGAUAGGAUACUGAAGGAAGUAGGGGAAAGGGCUUCUAAGGAGCAGGAGAUGUCAGUUAAGGAAAGGGCUGACCUGGUCCGGAGGCUGGGUGAGAUGAGGAAGCAGCACAAGAGAGACCAGAGGAGGGUUGAGGAUGUUCUCACUGGGCUGACGCGGUUAAAAGAGCUUGCUGCGAUUGUUUCGGACUCUGAAAAAGAGGGUAAUACCUCAGAUACUGAACUAGUCUCACGACUGGAGAAACUAAGUACGGGUCCACUUCCGGAAUUAGACGUCGACUUAGCAGAUCCAAUGCACUUGUCUCCACGGAAAUCAAUCCGACAACGUAUCGAUCAGGUUGUUUUAAAACAUAUAAAAGAGUCUCUGAAGGAGAUACAUUUCGCCGUGGAGGACAUUGGGCGUCCCCGUGAGAUAUCAGAGGAGGAACGCAAGAAACUCCGAAGAAGUUUGUCGAGCUCCGAAAUCGACUUCCUAAAGGAAGACUUUUCAGCGGGCAGACAAAGGGAUUCAGGAAAAUUUGAUUCACCAAAAGCAUCGCCACUUACAAUCCAAACAGACACAGCCUCACCGAGAUAUCUUAGAAGUGUUACACACAACGGAUCUGGUGAUCUCCUUAAUCAACCCGCUUGUGACCUUCUACUUGAAAUAAACCCUAUUACGUCACUUCCGUUACGACAGAAAUUCAUAAUGGCAGACGUGCAUUAUGAACAGAGUGUUUCAACGAAGUUUCCUGAUCCACCGCCUAGUUUUCUUAUUUCUCCAAAAUCACACUCCAGACAGACGUUAACAGAUACGACGUUUUCGUUAUACUCCCAAAAGACUUUAUCCUCAAAAUCACAAGAUGCCAAUCAACCUUUAAACGUUAAUAAGACAAGACUCGCUCCCACUAGUAUAUCACUGGAUACGACCAGAGUGAAUUCUUUACACACCGGUUCUCAGAGUAAACUCAAUACAAAAUCCGUUUCUGCGGGAGGAACUCCCACAUACGAAUCGGCAAGCCUUCUUUCUUCCAUUCCAGUAUUAAACAGGGGUACCUCAUCUGACACCUCGCUUUCACCUCGUUCCGGAAAUUCGUCCAAUUCCGGAAGUUAUGAACGCCUUACACCUAGAUCUGCCAGACGAAAGUUUUUCGAAGAUCAAAGUGACUUGCAACCAUCUUCUUCAAUGUCAGAAAAAAGUCAAAGUUGUGAAGGUAUCCAAGAGGAUAAGAUUUCAACAAAACCUCCCACCGUCGACACCAAACGUCUCCGAUUACAGCAUGAUGAAUCAGAGGAUGACAUGAUAGGACAAUUAAUUGAGGAUACCAAACCGCGGAUACUAACACAGUCAGUUUCUGUCGAUGAAAAGACGUCACAUUCAGUAGCAAAAUCGUCAAGUACUGAGAGUAAGAAAAGUAAACCCGAAAAACCAAAACGGAAAAUAAUAAAACGUUCCCAGAGCGUCGAUAGUUCCGUGAAGAAAUCUGUAGCCAAGGCGGGUAUCACUGCGAUGUCACCGGGAGCUCCUUCCAAUACCAAAGCGGUUGAGCUUUUCGCAACAGUGCGAAGGAAAAUAAAAAACACACUGAAAAGGUCUUCAUCUAUGACAGAUGAAGAAAAAUCAACGGCGAAACAAGGAUCUAGUUCUGAGGCGAGCGGGUCCACUUCGGGAGAAGAGUUCAACAAAGCAGGUGGACAGAAAUCGUCUGGGAUGGUAUACAGACCGUCAACUAGUGUACAUAAACCAAUGGUCGGAGUACAGAAAAGUACUACGUCACCCGAACAUGAAUCACAAAGUAAACCACCCCCUACGCCACCUAUAUCCUCUAUGAACAGACGCGCACUUCCGGAGAUGGAGGAUGAUGCGUUAACUAAUGGCAGGAAACGAAUUCCGGAUAUAAGUCCGGACAACAAACCGAAUAAGCGCUUAAGAUCAAAAUCUGCAGAGCGCGCAACCCGAGGGCCAUCUGCCCUGAAACAACAGGUAAUACUGGAAGAAGACCUUUUACCCGAUAGGUCAAAAGUAUUCAGUGAAACAACGGUGUGAUAUCAACACAUCGACGUCAAUAUGGACAUGAUCGGGAGCUUUUAAUUUACAAUAAUAUACGGUGUCAGUAUUAUUUUUACUUAAGAAAAUUUUAAGAGUUUUUAGAAAAUUCAACUUAGUUUAACACUAUUUGAACGUACCUGUUACAUGCAACAUUUUCCAAACUAUUUUAGUGUUUGAAAUUCUGUCGUCAUGAUUACUGUAAACGUGUCUAUAUUAGCGAAUUUAUAUUUUAGUGCUCGGUUGCACAUAAGACAUAUUAGCACAAUCAGAAAUUGUACUUCUUCUCCUUUCUUGACCAGAUGUAUUUCAGACAAUGGGUACUGAUAUUGUUGAAACUAUACAUAAAUAAGCUCACGUCGCAUGAUAUGGUGCAUUAUGCCUGGAUUAAUAAAAACGCUAAAAUUUGAACGUUUACGGUACACGUAUUUAAAUGAUGGUACGUCUGCAAGACGCAGAGGAAUGCAUGCAGUAAUCACUCUGGAAUUCUAAAUGAUUCAACCUUGCUAAUAGCAACUAGAAGUCACUUUAACACAAAUCACAGCUUCACUGUAUAAGACACCAUGUAUCCUUGACUCAAACACUGAUCACUGGUUGUAAGAUCUGUUUGUUAGAGCAAUGUUUUCACCUUAACAAAUCAUAGAUGUCAUGAGUAAGAUAAAACAAAGUCAAACAUGGGACUAUAUAUACUCUCAAAAAAAACAUAAAUUGGGACAUGGUGAGUAGGUCAGAUAUAACGUUGUCUCGGCAAGGUUUAAACACAUGCAAACAGUUAUUUUAGACAUAAUACAGCGAGAUGUCAUUUACACCAUUCAACAUGCAGUCUCCUUAAUUAAUACCCAACAUUGUGUUCUUUAUAAAUAACAUUACAAAACAAAAGAAAUGCAUUGGUUUUAAACAUUACGCAAGUGUUAUACUACGUGCUUUUUAAAUCAUUUAUUCAAUAAUGUUUACAAUACAUGAAUAUUAAAGCUAUCUUAUUAUUUGCUUAUUAUUUGCUUAUUACUCCUUCUCGUGAACGUAAAAUGGUACUCAAAGUCAUGCGUGCUAGUUUUACAAUUAUAUAACUAUCACGUGAAAAUACAUUAUGUAAAAUAACGUGGUAAGUGAAACGUUGAUUUCCAUACUAGCGAAUAAGGUCAGAGGUCAGCAAUUAUGUAUACGCAAAAUAUUAGUAGUGAACUCGUGCGUGCCCUUUAUAGUUAAAAGUCCCUUAUUUAAAAAAAAAAAAAUGUAUUUUCGGAAACUAGAUAUGUAGUUGGUUUGCGUUCGAUGAUGAAAAAUUAGGUUCGUGAAGAAAAUGUUGUUUUUUUUUUUUCUGAUUAUGCAGGAAUUUGUUUGGUUUCCAAUUAUAUUUUGUUGUUUUGGCGAAAGCGAUUAAUUUAGAGAGCAAAUAUUGUUAACACACUCGACACUCGCACACUUUCACAUGUUGAUCGCAAUUUGUUCGAUUGAUUACAAAUAUUCAUAAACGUGAAUUUAGACACAAACUUGUUAUAACAUACACUGCCUUUAAUUUUACUUGUGUGUUACAUAAACACACACACAUAUAUGUACAUAAGUAAAAAGGUUUUAACUCCUUCUGAAUGUUGAUGAAAGAAAAACAAAUUUGUAAAGAUUACAAUCCUCAAAAACUUUCACCUUUUCGGGUGGUUCAGGAAGACACCGGGCCAGUAUUCAUGAAACCUUCCUCAUGCCCAAACUCAUAUUUUUGUGCUCAAACCCAAAUUUCUCAUUCUGGUGAAAAAUUGAUAAAAGAAAUAUAUAAUUUGUCGAUGAUCUGGAAGAAUGUUGGAGAAGCUCUGCUGCUGAUUAUCAUUUUCGAUGUUUAAACAUUGCUUUUUUGAACGUGUCACAUGAUUUAAGCCAAUUAUAAACAAAGAGGUUUGAGCACAGAAUCCAUGCUUGAUCACGAGAACGGGUUUUAUGAAUACAGACCCGGAAUUAUUGCGACAUAAUACGAAAUGCUAAUGAUAGCAGGUGAACAUCAAACAUUGUUGAUGUGAUAACAACCGCGUCAUCAAGUGUUGACGAUAACUUGUGACCAGGUGCAUAUAAUGUGUCAUAAUACUGUCAGUCAAUCAGACAAUCAUCUUGAAGCGCCCGAAGAUGCGACAGUACUAGACUACUGUAAUUUUGGUUUUGUUUUUAUAUAUAUAGUUGUAGGUUUUUUUUACGAUUGCUGCAAUGAUAGUUAUAUACGCUUUAGUUAAAUUAUCACUUAUGUUUUUAUGUAUGUCAGAUAAUUUCGUAUACUCGUAGAAUUUAUUUUUUAAUUAUAUUGCACUUGAUAAGGUCACUUCACGCAUGAAAAAUAUUCUAUUCACCACUGAUGAACUUAAUAUUCACGCAGAAGUCCGCAAAGUUAUUUUCUUUCAUUUUGAUUCAUUGCAUUCACGGUUUGAAAAUGUAUUUUUUCUAUAUCAAAACAAAAGAUCAUUCUAAUCAUCACUGAUGAACUUGAUAUUCCCCUAGAAGUCUGCAAAGUUAUUUUCUUUCAUUUUGAUUCAUUGCAAUAAAGGUUUGAAAAUAUAAUUUGGUAAACAAAACAAAAAUUAAUUGU